AUGCUUUCAUCACAGUAAUAAAGAAACAUAUUUAUUCAAGGGAGAGGAUAUGAAGUUGUUGGAGAAAUGGAGCAACAAGGUGCUCAAUCAAUUAAUUAUUAUGCAAAAUGCAGUGGAAAUCCACAAGAACAGGUUAUUAUAAAAUAAUACAAAGAAAUCUAAUACAAUGAAAUAGAAUUGCUUUACAAAAUUCAAAAAGAAUAAAAUGAUGAUAAGUCUAAAAGCACACAUAUAAUUAAAAUACUUGAAAUUCAACCUUCUUCAUAAUAGAAAAAAUAGAUAAAUUUUCUAAUUGUAAUAGAAUAAGGUAAAAAUAAUUUAUAGCACUUGAUUUAUAAUAAUAAAUCUUUUAAUUUAGUUUAGAAAUUUAAAUUAUUUAAAUAAAUGAUUAAAGGAGUUAAGGAAUUACAUGCUUUAGGAUACUGUCAUAGAGAUUUGAAACCAGAGAACUUUGUAUAUUUUGAAAAUUAAAGAAAAAGUUAUACAGUCAAGUUAAUAGAUUUUGGUUUAGCUAAGAAAGACUCUACAAGACUUAAAACAUUGCAGGUGGGGACUUGGACUUAUAUGUCGCCUGAAGUUAUGAUAGGAGAAGGUAAUUAUGAUAAGACUGCUGAUGUUUGGAGUCUUGGAAUCAUACUUUAUUAAAUGCUAACAACAGAAUAUUUACUAAAAGCUAAAAAUCAAAAAGAUUUAAUGUUUUAGAUGCAUGCUUUAACUUAGGUCUAGAUAAAUUUGACAAUAGAUUAAACCAAUUGUAUGGGAUAAUAAGAAAAGGAAAUAAUCAAAUCAAUGUUAUAAAAAGAAAGUUAACAUAGAUGUAAUUUGGAUAUAAUAUUAAACAAAAUAGACGAACUUUUAAAAGAAAUUAAGGAAUAAGAGUAAAAAGAAAUACAAUAAUUUAAAGAUCAAAAAUAAUAAUGUAUUGUUCAGUUAAAAGAUAUCAAAAGUACAAUUAGGAAUAUCAUUUAAUAUCUAACUGAUAAAUAAAAAAUAAUUAAUCAAAUUAAUUUAUAAAAUCAUACAAAAUAAUAAUUGUUAACCUACAUUAAUUAUGAAAUUUAAAAAUAUGAAGAGAUUUUAUUAAAAAAUGAAUAACAAUAAAAAUCGAUAUCAGAAGCAUAGACAAAAGAGAUGCUAAAGGAAUAUAAUAAUAAUGAACUAACUGAAGAAAAUGAAUAAUAUUAAAAAUAUCAAAAGGGGAUAAUUGAAAAAAUAACAGAAGAAUAAAGUUAACUUCAAUAAUAGUUCAAGGAUAAAGAAUAAGAGUAGAAAAUUAGAAUAGAAUUAGAAUACAGAUUUAAACAAGAAUAGAUAUUGAAAAUGGAAUUAGAAUAGAAACUGAAAAUUGAAUAAGAAGAGAAAUUAAAAAUAGAAUUUGAAUAGAAAUUGAAAUUUGAACAAGAAUAAAAAUUGAAAAUGGAAUUAAAAUAGAAACUGAAAAUUUAAUAAGAGGAGAAAUUGAAUAUGGAAUUAGAAUAUCAAUGUUAUUUAAAUAUUGUUAAAUAAUUAUUAAAUUAAUAAUCUCCUUAAAUUGAAUUAAUUUAGGACCAAAUUAACUUUUAUCAGAUAAUAUAAAUGUAAAUUUUAGAAGAAAAAAAGAUUUAAGAUGUUAUUAAAUAUUAUCAUCAAAUAAAAUAAGAUAUCUAAACAGUGGAAUUUUAGGAGAAUAUAAUUUAGUCAUAUGAAUCUUUGCAAUAAUAAAUCGCUACUUAUUAAUCAUGUAAUAGCAGGCUUGAAGAAAUUUAACAAGAUUAAAUUAGAUUCAAAGCUUAAAUUGAAGAAGCAAUUAAAUGUAUUUAGUAAAUAGAUAGACAGUAUUUGGAUAACCAUCAGUAAGAAAUAGAGGAAUUAUACAAUGAAUUAAUUGAUUAUUAGGAAAAAUAUCAAUAUUUAUCUAAAAAUUAAAAAUAUUCAAAUUAAAUAACUUAAAUAAUUAAUCAGAUAGGACAAGCUUUUAGUGACUUAGAUAAACUAAAGUAAUUAAUAUUUAAAAAAACAUUGCCAGCAUAUUAAGAGUACUCUCAAAUAAAUGAAUAAAUCUAAAAAUCCUUAGCGUGCAUUGAAAAAUAAUAUAGUUAAUUACAUUAACAAAUUUACAAUGAUGAACUUAUUGAGUUAAAAAAUCAAGAAAGAAUUAAAAAAUUAGAAAUCGCAAAAGAUUAAUUAGGUAAAUUUAAUUUAAAAAUGACUUAAUUAAAAGAUCAAGCAAAAAAUCUCAUCAAAAAUGAAUAUUGUAAUAACGAAAGAACUUAGGAUUUUAUAAAUAUAAGAUUGACAAAGAUUGAUUAAAAUAUAAUGUAAUAAUAAGAGCAAUUUGUUAAGUUUACUCAUUUGAAUUUAUUAGAUUUUUGUGAAAAUAUUAAUGGCUAAAUGAAAUAAUUGGAAGAAUUUUAGGGAUAAUUAAAGGAAGUAGAAUUAGAUGAAUAAGAAAAUAUAAACCAGUUAGAGUUAAUAAUUAUAAAUGCAGGAAAAGAAAGCAGAGAAAAAGAAAUUCUUACUCUAAAUAAUUAAUUAUAAACUAGGUAUAGAGAAUAUACAAAGGCUCUGUAAUCAAUCAAAUUGUAAUCUCAGGAAGUUGAAUGUUAUAAAAAAAUGAAUCAAACAAAAGAAAAUCUCCAAAAAGAAUUGGAGUAAGAAAUAAGCAUUUUGAAUUAGUAUUCAUAGAUUUAUUAAGAAAAUAUGCAACUAUUGUCAAAUGAAAGGUUUAACACAUAGCAAAAAGAAAUAAAAUCAGACAAUAUAAAAAGAUAGAAGUCUAUCCAAAAUAUUCAAAAUAUGCUCAAUAAUUUUUAAUAAACUAGCCAAUAAAAAGGAUAGAAGUUAGAUUAUAUAAUUAAAAAUGUAUCCCAAAAAUAAUAAGAAUUAAAUUUUUGCUUAAUUGAUGAUAAUCUAAUUAAGAAUUAUGAAUAGCUAAAAAUGAAUGAAGAGCAAUUAUCAAUAGAAUUAACUUCAAUAAACUAAAAGAUAUUUAAUUAAUAAUAAAACUCUUAAUAAUUGUAUGAAUUAAAAGAACAUAUUCUAAAGGUCUUUGCUGAUAUUGAUGAAUCAAUGAAGAAAAUUCCAGAAGAGGAAGAAAUAGAAAAGUUCAACAAUGCUUUAAUUUAAAAUUUGGAAUCAUUUGAGAAAGUGUAUGCUUUAAUUAAUUUUAUAAAAUAAUAUCACUUAACACGAUAUUAUGAAAGAAUUAAAGUUAAUGCAAAUUAAUAAAAGGCAUAUUAAUAGAAUGAAGAAUAUUAUAAAGAACUUUAAUCUAAAUUAAACUUGGAUUAAGAAGAACACACAAAAAAAGAGAAAGCUGCUUAAGAUAUAUUAUUAAGAUAUGAAAAUGUGUUAUUUAAAAACUACAAAAGUAUGACGAUUCAGGCAAUGGAGAAAGAUAAAAAAUAAAUAGAAAAACAGAUUGUAGAACUAGAAAAUUAAAUUAAACAAAAAAGCCUAGUGAAAUUAAGAUCUAAAUUGAAAGAUUAAAACAAAAUUAAAGAGAUCAUUAAUAUUAGAUAAUAUUAUAAAAUAGCUGAGUUUACAUAAAUGCUUAUAUAUAAAAUUAUAAUGAGUUCAAAUAAUGAGAAUGCACAAUAAUAGCAAUCCAAAAAAUAUUGA